AUGUCUGAGAACAGCUCCCAGACGACAGCAGCAUCCGCAGCCGCAGCAGCAUCCGCAGCGGUGAACGGCAGCAGCUCGGACAACAGCGGCGUGCUCUCUCUCCAGGGCUCCACCGCCAUGCGCGCCUCCAUGACCGCCGUCAUCCAGUUCCUGGUGUGGCCCUUCAUCAGCGUCAACGUCUUCAUGUUCCACGUCUUCCGGCAGCGCGAGGCGCUGUGGUCCGAACCGCGCUACGCCCUCUUCACCCAGACGCUGCUGGCCGACGUCUUCUUCCUGGGGCUCACCAACUUCGUGGUGCUGACCAUCCAGGCCGGGCGGCUGCUGCCCGUGGCCCUGUGCGUGCCCGUCUGCGUGCUCAUGGACGGCCUCACGCACCUCUCGCCCACCGUCAUCGUGGCCAUGUGCCUGGAGCGCUACGUGGCCGUGUGCAUGCCCUUGCACCACACCGACGUCUUCUCGCCGAACAGGACCAGGGUUGUGCUGGCCGUCGUCUGGUUGGCCAGCUUCCUGAAACCGCUGAUCGACCUCAGUAUAUUCCUCAGCUACGUCCCAGAGAGUUACUUCACCAUGCCGACGUUUUGCUACUUCGAGAUCAUGCUGCUGAAAAGUUGGCACAUGGCCUUGAGGGGGAACCUGUACAUAUUGAAUUACCUGGUCGUGCUCGCCGUUCUGCUUUUCUGUUACGUGUCGAUCAUCGUCGUGGCCCGGCGGGCUUCGGGCGACGACAAGAAAGCCGCCUCUAAGGGUCAGCGUACGCUGCUCCUCCACCUGCUGCAGCUGGUCCUGUGUACGUUGGAGACAGUGUGCCCGUACGUGGAGGCGCAGAUCCUGCAGAGCGGCAACGGGUAUGCCUACAUAGUGGUGCGAGCUUUCAACUUCAUGGCCUUCUCCAUCGCCUCGAGGGCAGCGAGCCCACUCAUCUACGGCUUCAGAGACGAGAAGUUUUACGCCGCCAUCAAGAGCUAUGCCAGUUGCACUGUGAAUAAAGUGGCGUCCACAAAAUGA